UUUUUUUAAGUAGAUGAUGCUGCUGAUGAAGAUGAUGAAGAUGAACACAGAGCUUCAGUCUCUCGUUGGUUCAGUUUGAGUCUGAUCAUCUUCACUUCUCACUCAACUCUUCUUCAUCAUCCUUGUUAUUAUUGUUGUUAUUCAUAUUGCUCUUCUUCUGGUCUUGGAUUAUUUCUGCUCUUUGUGUCUCGGAUGAAGGUGGAGGGUCUCCAGGAGGAUGGAGGUUCUGGUUCAGACCGGACCACCACCACCCCCCCUCCCGGCUCCGCGGAGCGCCGCAUGUCUCGUCUGCUGAGCGCCGUAGAGAACGAGCUGCAGGCCGGCCGGGAGAAAGGAGACCCGACGGAGAGAGAGCUCAAGGUAACGCUGGAGGACGCAGAGCUGUGGACGAAGUUCCAGAGCAUCACCAACGAGAUGAUCGUCACCAAGAACGGACGCCGCAUGUUCCCGGUCCUGAAGGUGAGCGUCUCCGGUCUGGACCCCAGCUCCAUGUACUCCCUCCUGCUGGACUUCGUGCCGGCCGAUGGCUGCCGCUGGAAGUUCGUGAACGGCGAGUGGGUGGCGGCCGGGCGGGCGGAGGGGCGUGGUCACGGCGAGGGGCGUGGCCAUGGCGGCGUCUACAUUCACCCCGACUCGCCCAACUUCGGCGCUCACUGGAUGAAGGCGGCCGUGACCUUCAACAAGGUGAAACUCACCAACAAGGUCAACGCAGGAGGACAGAUCAUGCUGAACUCGCUCCAUAAGUACGAGCCUCAGCUCCACAUCGUGUGCGUCGGCUCUCGUCAUCGACUCGUCUCCAACGUCUCCUUCAAAGAGACUCAGUUCAUCGCCGUCACGGCCUACCAGAACGAAGAGAUCACAGCUCUGAAGAUCAAAUACAACCCGUUUGCUAAAGCCUUCCUGGACGCUAAAGAGAGGAACCCGGGGGGGCGGGGUUUACCGGAGUCCUCAGAGAGUCGAGUUGGGAUUCAACCCUGCUGGUCACUGUGCUCGGCUGGAGGGGGCGGAGCCUUUCCUUACGCAGGCGGUCUCCCGCUGACCUCACACCAUCACCAUGGUUACAAGCACCAUGGUUACUCGGGACGACACACACCUUACCCCCCCACCAGCUACCUGCAGCACCGGUCACACUCCUCAGUGUGUCUGUCUGAAGGUGUUCAGGUGUUAUCAGACGGGUGGAGUAGCUCCUCCCCUCGUCCAAACUCCUCCUCUUCUUCCUCUUUGUCGUCCUCCAACCACACUCCUCCCUCACAGGCUCCUCCCCCUCCUCACAACUCGAGUCAGUAUCCUUGUCUGUGGACUGUUGGAUGCAGUGAGCUAAGCCCCUCCCAUUCACCCUGCACGGCUCUCCACGGACCAAUCGGCAGUGAGAGCCUCAUGCAGCCACCCAGUCACAGUCGAGUGGGCGUUACCGGAUGGCCACCUGGCCCCACCCACUCCUUCUGAGGAUGGAUGUGAUUGGCUGAAUGGAAGUGAAGACCCCUACUAAGUAUCAGUAUCUCUUUGUAAAUACUACUUACUGGCUACUAGUAUUUACUUUUGGCUACAAGUAUUUACUGGUGGCUAGUAGUAUUUACUGUUGGCUACUAGUAUUUACUGUUGGCUACUAGUAUUUACUGUUGGUUAGUAGUAUUUACUGGUGGCUACUAGUAUUUACUGAUGGCUACAAGUAUUUACUGAUGGCUAAUAGUAUUUACUGUUGGCUACUGGUAUUUACUGUUGGCUACUGGUAUUUACUGUUGGCUAGUAGUAUUUACUGGUGGCUACUAGUAUUUACUUUUGGCUACUAGUAUUUACUGGUGGCUACUAGUAUUUACUGGUGGCUACUAGUAUUUACUGUUGGCUAGCAGUAUUUACUGGUGGCUACUAGUAUUUAAUGUUGGCUACAAGUAUUUACUGAUGGCUAAUAGUAUUUCCUAGUGGCUACUGGUAUUUAAUGGUGGCUACUGGUAUUUACUGAUGGCUACUGGUAUUUACUGGUGGCUGCUAGUAUUUAGUGGUGGCUACUAGUAUGUACCAGUAGCUACUAGUCACUAUUGGAGAAUAUUUGUACAUAUUAGUAUCUGGUAUCUACUGGUGGCUAAUUGGGACUUUUUGUACAUACAGUACUUGUAAACUUUGAUGUGUACUCGUAUCUUUUGGUGCCUACUGGUGAAUAUUUGUACUUACUUUUAUCUAGUGGUGGCUAGUUAAGUAUAGGUCUUUUGUUCUCGUGAAUAUUGUACGAAUAUAUAUUAUACUACUAUAUAAUAUCUUUUGGUGGCUAUGAAUAUCUAUUGGUGGCUACUAACAUCUAUUGGUGGCUACUAGUAUCUAUUGGUGGCUACUAAUGUCUAUUG